AUGCCGCUUAGAAGAAGUCGAAGCAGCCCAUCGCUCCUACAAGAGCUAAGUGGGUUGAAAGAGCUCAGUUUCAGAAGAAUCAAAACCUCCACUCCCAUAUCUCCUGCCUUUCAGUCGACAGAGCUCACUGCAGAGGACUUGGAGAACUUUGUGUGUCAAGUGCUAUCACAACAUGUCGACGACGCCGAUACCCCCAAUUUCCGCAACUUGCAAUACCACGUCAAGCAACUUGCCAAACAUGCCGAUCAACGGGAAGGGAAACUGUGCCACAAGUGCCGUGGAUGCCCUUUUUGCUCGGCUACAUUUUUGGGGGAGAUUGUCUUGUCACUAAAAACCGUCAUUGAAAGUACUCCUUCUCUAUCUGCCAAAAUGACAGCGCAAGUUCACUCCAUGAUUGGUCUGCUUAGACAACAAUAUGGAGACCUCAAGGCUGCCAUUCGAUCGUUCCUACGAGUACUGUGGAUUCUGUCAUCAUUGACAUUGGAUCCUCUCGCAGUACAAGUAGAGGAAAACGAAGAAUCAGUAGAAGAAAGGGAGACUUUGGUCUGGAAGAUGGGUAUCACCAGACACCGUCUGGGAAUGGCCUAUGGAAAGAGUGGAGACUUUGUGGACGCCAUUACACUUCUGCAAACUGCAGUGAAAGACUAUGAAACCUACGAAGCCAACAAUGGCACUCCAUCCCUGACGAGACCACAGAAAGGAAUUGUGGAGCAAGCCAAAGCCGAUCUUGACAGCUUUACAGAAGCCCGAUUGUUGGAACAAGCCCUCAAGGAGCAAAAGUUGGCUACAAUUCGACGACGACGUGCCUAUAUUCGUCGUUCCUCCACAUCACUGUUGGGGAACAACAACAACAAUACGGCAGCCACCACAGUCACCAGAAACCCUGUCAUGCGAAGGUCUUCGGCGGCGUAG